UUAACACAGAAGCCGUUUAUGUGAGGACCACAUAAUGGAGCCAAUCCCCUUCCCUCAGUCUCUAGUCUUAGUGGGCGGAGGUUCCGUUCUGCUAACUGAAAGCUGGGAACCAGAGGUCUUGAUCACAAGUACAAAAUAUAUUGCACCAGUAAACUAACGUUACAGGGGCUCUUCUUGGUGCAUUAGCUAUACGUGGUUUAUAUAAAUAGCGUUCCGAAAUUGUAUUCACAUGAUAUACUGUACUUUAAAGACAAAGAAAUCACACCGUUAUGGAACGACUACACAAAGACGAGAAGCCAAAUCCAUCUGCUACUGCUAGUGUCUUUUCCAAUAUAUUUUUCUGGUAAGCAAAGCCAAGUCAGUGAGUUAGCUACAGCCUCAGUUGGUUAAAUCCUUUAUUUCGAAUUGGAUAUAAAAGAAAGCUAGAAGAAGAUGAUAUGUACAAAGUGCUUCCAGAAGAUCGAUCAGAAAGACUGGGAGAGGAGCUACAGUGGUACUGGGAUAAAGAAGUCGAGCAAGCAAAGAAAGAUCUACGGGUACCAAAGCUUACUAAAGCUAUUGUGAAAUGUUACUGGAAGUCCUAUGCUGUUUUAGGGGCUUUCAUAUUGUUCGCGGAGACUGUCAAAGUAAUCCAGCCUGUGUUUCUAGGCAAAUUGAUCAUUUUCUUUGAAACCUACAAUCAUGACGACAGGGAAGCACUGUAUGUCGCGUACGGAUAUGCGGCAGGUGUGUCUCUCUCAACAUUUGCGUUUGCUGUUCUCCACCACUUGUAUUUUUAUCAUGUCCAGAGAGCAGGAAUGAAAAUUCGAGUGGCUAUGUGUCAUAUGAUUUUUAAAAAGGCCCUUUGCCUUAGUAACACAGCCCUGGGAAAAACAACAACAGGACAGAUUGUAAAUCUUCUAUCGAAUGACGUCAACAAGUUUGAUGAGGUUACAAUUUUUCUGCACUUUUUAUGGAUUGGUCCACUGCAGGCAGUGGCAGUGACAGCCCUUCUGUGGCAGGAGAUAGGCCCAUCAUGCCUUGCAGGAAUGGCAAUCCUUGUUUUUCUGAUGCCUCUGCAAACAUUUUUUGGUCGAUUAUUUUCAAAGCUAAGGAGCAAAACUGCAGCGUUUACAGACACACGAAUUCGCACGAUGAACGAAGUUGUGUCAGGCAUGCGGAUAAUUAAGAUGUAUGCAUGGGAAAAGCCAUUUGCAAAACUAGUCACUGAAAUCAGAAGGAAGGAGAUUUCUAAGGUCAAAAAGAGCUCCUAUCUCCGUGGGAUGAACAUGGCUUCUUUCUUCGUGGCCAGCAAGAUUAUCCUGUUUAUAACUUUCACCACUUUUGUGCUGCUGGGGAACCCCAUCUCUGCCAGCAAAGUCUUUGUCACUGUGUCACUGUACAGUGCAGUCAGGCUCACCGUCACCCUCUUCUUCCCAUCAGCUAUCGAGAAGGCCUCCGAAACCAUGAUCAGCAUUCGCAGAAUAAAGAACUUUUUAAUACUGGACGAGAUUGUUAAGCCCAGUGUGGAGUUACGAAAGGAAGAGAAAAAGGAUGUACUUAUUCACAUGAAGGAUGUGAUUUGUUACUGGGACAAGAACCUGGAUGCACCGACAUUGCAGAAUGUUUCCUUCACUGUCCAUCCAGGCCAGUUGCUUGCUGUGAUAGGACCAGUGGGAGCAGGAAAAUCCUCUCUCCUCAGUGCUAUUCUGGGAGAGCUGCCUCAAGACCGGGGAGACGUUAAGGUGAAAGGGAAGCUAGGCUUUGCAGCACAGCAGCCCUGGGUGUUCUCAGGAACUCUGCGGAGCAACAUUCUGUUUGGGAUGGAGUACAACCCGCAGAAGUAUGAACAAGUCAUCGGAGCUUGUGCUCUCAACAAAGAUAUAGAUAUUUUACCAGACGGCGAUAUGACUGUUAUUGGGGACCGAGGAGCUACGCUUAGUGGUGGUCAGAAGGCCCGUGUAAACCUUGCUAGAGCUGUCUAUCAGGAUACAGACAUAUAUUUGCUGGAUGACCCUCUCAGUGCUGUGGAUGCUGAAGUAGGAAGACACUUGUUUGAAAAGUGUAUAUGUGGUAUUCUGCGUAACAAACCUCGUAUUCUUGUCACACAUCAGCUGCAGUACUUGCAAGCUACAGACCAGAUUCUAGUGCUAAAAGAGGGUCACAUGAUUGCCAAAGGGACCUAUGGAGAGCUGCAGCGGUCUGGAGUGGAUUUUACUUCACUGUUAAAGAAAGAUGAAGAUGAAGAGGAUGAGGAUGAGCAGGCUCCUACAGAGCAGAACGGCAGCAGGUCCGCACGCUGUCGUACCAUCUCCCAAAACUCUGCCUGGUCACAGACUUCCUCCAGCCAGUCCACCAAAGAUGGGACUGCAGACCUGCCUCCAGCAGAGGCAGUGACAACAGUGCUGUCAGAGGAGAGUCGUUCAGAGGGGUCCAUUGGUGUACGGCUUUACUGGAAGUAUUUUAUUGCUGGAGCCAAUUGUGCUGUCCUUGUGCUCCUGUUCCUGCUCAGCCUUUUAGCACAGACCGCGUAUAUCCUGCAGGACUGGUGGUUGUCCUAUUGGGCAUCUGAACAGGAGAAGUUAAACAUUACUCAGGAUGCUCACAAUCAUAAUGAAACUCAACAGUUGGACCUUAGCUUUUAUUUAGGAGUGUAUGCAGGUUUAACAGUGGUAACUGUAAUAUUUGGAUUUAUUCGAAGCUUGUUGUUGUUUAAAGUGCUAGUAAACUCAGCACAGACUCUGCACAACCAAAUGUUUCAAUCCAUACUGAGAACUCCAGUUCGGUUCUUUGAUGUAAAUCCUAUUGGGAGAAUCCUGAACCGCUUUUCCAAAGACAUUGGCCAGUUGGACAGCUUGCUUGCCUUGACAUUUGCUGACUUCAUCCAGAUCUCCCUGCAGAUUGUGGGUGUGAUAGCCGUGGCUGUGUCUGUAAUCCCCUGGAUUAUAAUCCCGCUCAUUCCCCUCUUGAUCAUUUUCAUAAUCCUACGCCGGUAUUUCCUGCAGACCUCUCGAGAUGUCAAGCGCUUGGAAUCCACCACCCGGAGUCCUGUCUUCUCCCACCUGUCUUCGUCUCUCCAAGGGCUGUGGACCAUUCGUGCCUUUAAAGCAGAACAAAGAUUUCAAAGUGAAUUUGAUGACCAUCAAGAUCUCCAUUCAGAGUCCUGGUUUUUGUUUUUAACCACAUCACGGUGGUUUUCUGUUCGACUAGAUGGCCUUUGUACAAUUUUUGUACCAACGGUUGCCUUUGGAUCUCUUCUCCUCGCGAAUGAACUGGAGGCUGGCAACGUUGGUCUGGCCCUUUCCUACGCUAUCACUCUGGUAGGAAUGUUCCAGUGGGGUGUCCGGCAAAGUGCCGAAGUUGAGAAUCAGAUGACGUCAGUGGAGCGGGUGCUGGAUUACACAGAGCUGGAGAACGAGGCCCCCUGGGUGACGGAGUGCCGGCCUCCCCCAGACUGGCCAAGGCACGGAGUGAUUGUCUUCGAGGGAGUGAACUUUGCUUACAGCCGUGACGGGCCGCAUGUUCUUAAGAACAUUAAUGCAGUUUUCAGAUCCAAAGAGAAGGUUGGUAUAGUUGGAAGGACGGGUGCUGGGAAAAGUUCUCUAAUCUCUGCCCUGUUUCGGCUGGCUGAACCUGACGGCAAUAUCCGAAUUGACGGAGUCUUGACCUCUGAACUUGGACUUCAUGAUCUUCGUACGAAAAUGUCAAUCAUACCUCAGGACCCUGUAUUGUUUACAGGCACAAUGAGGAAGAACCUUGAUCCAUUUCACGAGCACACUGAUGAGGACCUGUGGAAUGCACUCCAAGAGGUGCAACUGAAGGGGGUAGUGGAAGAAUUGCCAAGUAAGAUGGAGACACAGCUAGCUGAAUCUGGAUCAAAUUUUAGUGUUGGCCAGAGGCAGUUGGUGUGCCUUGCCAGGGCAAUCCUCAGGAAAACGCGUAUACUGAUAAUCGAUGAAGCAACAGCGAAUGUGGACCCAAGAACCGACGUGUUAAUUCAAAAGACGAUUCGCGAAAAGUUUGAGCAAUGUACAGUACUUACCAUUGCACACAGACUUAACACUAUUAUUGACAGUGAUAGAAUACUGGUUUUAGAUGCAGGAAAAAUACAUGAAUAUGAUGAGCCCUAUGUUCUUCUGCAAAAUAAUGACAGCAUAUUCUAUAAGAUGGUUCAGCAGACUGGCAAGGCUGAAGCUGCUGCUCUUCUUGAGACAGCCAAACAGAUAUAUAUGAAAAGCAGUCGCCCGAAUGCUGUGCUAAAUAGUCAGAUGCACACCACGACCAGGUCAAGAGGCACAGACCCCAGUUUCAUUGUCUUUGAAAGCGCACUUUAACUCUGUAACAAGUUGCUCUGUAAUGCUGUCUGCACAUUAUUUCAGUUCUGUUCACCUGGAAGGCCAGUGCUGGAAUUCUAAAACAUUCCAAACCUAUAUCUCAAGCACUUCAUAUAAAGAGUGACAUGUGAUUUAGCCUAUAGUAUUCUUUAAGCCUUAAGAAUGAUCGUUUGUUCACAGAUAAUGUGAACUGUGAUGUACAGGCCCAUUCUUACUAUGUGAACCACAUAGAAUCUGAUGGAACCCCACUAGGGACAAAAUACUCUGAAUGUAAUUUGUAAUUAAAGUAGAUUGAAUACUUAAUAGUGCCGUAUUAGAAUAAUAAUAGUGGAAAAGAGGACAACAGUCACUAUUAUUGUUAUUGUUGUAGUAUUAUUAUUAUUAUUAUUAUUAUUAUUAUUAUUAUUAUUAUUAUAGUACAGAAGAAAAGCCUUUCAAAUGGUGUCCUUAGAUCAAGGGUAAAGAAGAAAUCCCAAUAAAAUUGAGUUUUCUGUUUCGGGAGUUAAAAGUGCUUUAUUUUAUGAGGUUUUAGCUAAUUUUACUCAUUUAAUAAAAAUAAUGACAGAUUUGCAUCAGAACUGAAAUUAAAGCAGAUUGCUCUUGUGUAGAACUUUCUUUGGGUUACAUGUCGAAUCAUAGUUUGCUCAUUUUAGCAACUUUCAAGUCUUACAUAUUCUGGUGAGUAUAACACUCUUAACUGGACAAAAAUAAUGUUUUUAAAAUGGCCCUCAUCAUAGUCUCAGUGCACUUUAUAAUUAGUUCAAACCAAACAGAAUGAAUGCAUAAUAAAUGCAUUGGUUUUAUAAGUCCUUACUCAUUGUGAAAAAUGUGAUCUGAAAACAGCUUUGUUUUGGAGAAGCUACAAAGAAGUGCAUCUGUAAGUGAGGUCAAGAGGUUGAUUCCACCAUGUGAGCAGUUAGCCAAAUAGAGCUGUGUCACCAGCUGAUCUUAAGUGCAUGGUAUGAACAUCCUGAACAGGGAUUUUUAGAUGCAGUACCAAAGGUAUUACACAAUUUUGACAACAUCUGUACUACUCCUUUCAAAAUAGAUUUAUCCUCGGGUAGUGUGGCGGAGAAAGAAAUUUAGUUGAGGGAGUUCAGUAAGUGAUAUGUGUCUUGUUCUGCCUGGUUGCACCAUUGAAAACCAGCCUGAACAACACCUGAAAAAUGUGUACUUGUUGCAUUCUAGAUCACAGGUUAAUGUGGGACCUCCUUCAAUACAAUGUGUUACAUCUUAAGAAAUGUAUGGGGGUUAUGCAUAAAAAGACAGAUUGUCCCAAUAAUACACCCUGCUGUUGUGUGUGGGUUAUUUUUUAAUAUUUUUAAUAAAACCACUGUUCGGAUAAA